AUGCACGCCGACGGGCUAGAGAGCGGCGACUCGAGAGCCUCCAACUUCUGGUACCAGGCCGUAAGCUCUGUGCUCUAUGAUUCGCAGCCACGAUGGUACUUUCAAGAUCCGUCUGGAGCUAGACGCGGCCCGUUUCCAACCCUUUUUCUCGUCGCAUGGUGGCGAUACGGAUUUCUUGAUGAAAGGCUACCGAUAAGCCAGCAGCCUGAGUCAACCUCGCCGCAGCCUAUGAACCGAGUGUUAUGGUCGCUGGUGCAGAGAACUGCUGCGGACUUGCAGUGUCGAACUGCAUCCGCGCUAUCCACAGAUGCAACGAUUCGGAGCGCAGCCGAGGCGCCCCCGCUGGGCAGUGAGGCAACCCCAGGGCAGCCGCCAGACCUCUCUGUCGAAGCGCUCAGCGUUCGUGACCAGAGCAUACCGGCGCCUGGUCCAGCGUCUGGCUCUGUCUCGAGCACGAAACCAAAGCCAGGGAUCGCAACGCCCUCGGCGGGGAGUUCGCGACCUUGGCCAGCCGUCCGCAGCAGCCCUGAGGUUGACGCAAUGCCCAGAGCGCUGCAGUCUGCUGCAGUUCGCCCUGGACAUGACUCUGAGAGCAUAUCAUCUACACUGAAGUGUACACGGGAUACCGGUUUUGCUGGGGUAUCGACAGACCCUGGUACCAGCGAGGCACGGAGCGUAUCCGAUCGCGGAUCCGUUGUAUCAUCAGCGAUGGUCACCGAGGCAGCUUCGUCAAGUAACCAGAGCGUGGCAUCCAAAGAUGCAUUAGCAGCAGUUGCAGCGGAUGCAGCUGGCUCGACAAGCGCUAACGAGCCCCAAGAGCAAGCCGCUGGAUCGCGAAGACGUCGCAGGAGGAAGAAAAACAGCACGGAUGCCACAUUAAGAACAGGAGAGCAGGGAGAUCAUUCGCUUGGAGACGCUUCGUUGGCUCCGAGCGAGGCCGCUGCCAGCACCACGAGCAAGCUCGAGGGAUGGCAGCAGGUAAAGGCCCGUAAUCGAGCAGCAGCGACGGGCGCUGAUCGUGAGAAUCCGAACCCGACGUUGUUGUUGUGGCCAUCAGCUGCCAGCAAAGAGAUCGAACCUCCAGAGCAUGCGUAUCUAGAACGACAAUUACGGACCAGACUAGCGCCGCAGGACUCUCACGUUCGAUUGACUUCAGUGGACGCGCUCGAUCAGUUGAACAAGCUGGUGACGAACCCAGGCGUUCAUUCAGACACUGGAUCCAGGAGUUCGUCCGCUGAGCAGCAGGCCGGGUCGCAUCGACCAGGAUAUCGUAGCGGGAGCGUUGCACGCCCUGCACCAUGGGCGUCGAACGCUGCAUCGACACUCGCUACUGGCGCUGGCAACGCGCACCUGUCGCUAGCCGGAGCCGCUGCACGUGCUGCUGAGUCGCAGGUGCAACGUGCCCAACAACAACAACGCCCGUCAAGACGCAGUUUUCUCGAAAUUCAACGAGAAGAGGAAGAACAGGAGCGACAACGCCUCUUGGACAUGUUGCAGAACCGCCCGCGCCUCGGGGAGACGGAGACAACCAGCGCAUCGGGUACAGCGCGCUACCGCACCAUGGCGGAUGUACUUGCCUCUGGUCUAGCUCGUGAUCGGGCGUAUCGAGGGACGGUUUGGAUGGCACCCAGCACGCGCUCCACCGGAGGCGACGGAACUGCCCCAACGACGGAUGCCGCCGCUCUUCAGGUGUCGGACAACAGGGAGCGUGCGGCGCCCUCCAGGGCCCCAGACGCACCAGCCCAAGUCACCGAUGCAGCGGGGUCUGCAAUGCCAGCUGCCGCCGCAUCGUUCUGGAAUCGAAUCGUGCAAGACUCUGGUCGAUCCAAAGAGCUCUAG